AUGACAAUCGAAUUUCUUCGGAAACACAACUUCAAGGUGACCCAUCACAUUACCUCAAAUCUGUUAUGGGUCACCAUGGUGUUCGGUAUGAGCGUCUUCACCUUCGGGUAUGAAGGCUCAACGCUCAAUACCAUUCAGGCAAUGACACCUUUCGAACAGAGGUUUGGAGAUUACAUCCCGGCCAAAAAAGCAUAUGGCUUUACUUCAAACAAGUUGGCUUAUAUGAAUUCUUUCCCUCUCAUCAUCUACGCAGUUGGCGUGGUCAUCGGGGCUCAGAUCGGCGAGCGCUGGGGCCGACGGCUGGUCUUUAUUCUCACCAACAUUGUUUGUAUGGCGGGCACCAUCACCGUGUACACAGCAAAAUCCUACGAACAACUCCUCGCCGGCCGCAUGAUAGUCAACUUUCAUGUUGGAAUGGAAGCCUUCCUUAUACCGAUGUUCCAAGCCGAAAUAGCACCUGCAGCCGUUCGAGGAUCACUCACAGCCAUCUACGCCGUCAAUGGAGUUUUUGCAGCGUUCAUCGCUUCCAUUAUCACAAACUUCACAAGCCACAUAAAUAAUGAUAAUUGCUGGAAGAUACCUGUUGGUAUCGGCCUGCUCUUCCCAUCCUUUUCUUUGUUCUUUUGGAUGUUAAUCCCCGAGUCCCCAAGAUGGCUUCUUCGAAAAGGACAAUAUCAAAAGGCUGUGGAGAACCUGGACUAUCUAUUCAGCGCAAUGCCGGGUUACGACGCAGAGAAGGAAGCCAAGCUUCUUCAAGAUGCACUCAACCAGAGCGACACAAAGGGGAGAUGGAAAGACUUGAUCAAAGGCAACAACUUGCGCCGAACGGUCAAUGGCCUUGUUGCUGCCGCCUUGGGUGCGCUUUCGGGAGCUUCAUUCUCUAACUUAUAUGGUACCAUCUUUUUGAAGAGCUUGAAGGUUGUCGACCCCUUCUUGAUGACAAUGGUCAAGAGAGCGCUCCUGCUUGCAACUGCCAUAACCUUUAUGUUCAUUAUUGAUCGGGUCGGCCGCCGGCGCCUAUUUCUCCAAAUGGGUUUUGUACAAACAGCAAUUCUCAUGGUCAUGGGUGGCAUGGGUACGAUACUGCAUCCGACAUUAAACAUCAACAAGGGUAUCGUUGCACUGACGGUCAUGUUCCCUAUUUUCCAUUUUGUGUCUUUCGGGGGCCCGCUACAACUGACCAAGACCGAGAUUCCACACAUCACGCUAAGAGAUAAAUCUGUGAUGCUCUUCUGGUUGACGGCAAACCUCUGCAACUUCAUUGCGUCUUUUACUUUGCCGUACCUCCUACAAGAGCCAGCAAACUUAGGAUCACGAGUUGGUCUCAUUUACGGCUCAAUAUCAGCUUUGGGUCUGGUUUGGGGAUUCUUUUGCAUGCCAGAGAUGGCACGGAAGUCUCUGGAAGAGAUUGAUGAGAUGUUCGCAGCGGGCGUUCCAGCCUGGAAAUCAAGACACUGGAGAGGCGAGCAAGGUGCUAAGAUUACUGAUAUUGAGAAUCACGGUGUGAUUAGUGACAGUUCUAGUGAACAAAGUGUUGAGAAACCUGAACUUGAGCCUGUGGUUCAAGAAAAGCCGUCGAAGGUUUGA